AUGCUAUUAAAUAUUUGGACCACACUUAUACUUUUAAAAUGUAUAUCAAUCAAUUAUGCGAGUGGUUUGAAUUCGGCCGAGUGGCAGCAGUAUUCGUCAAAUGGCAACUUAGAUAGUAAUCAUUUAACUUAUGGAGGUCAAAAGCAGGAUCUUAGCUCGUGGGCAUCACUUAGUGGUGGAGGAUGGAAUGGUCACAUUAGUUCAGAAGGUAGAGGGUGGAAUAUACCUCAAGAGCAGAUUCAUCACACUCAUACUAUACCAAUUGGUCACCACAUAGAAGUUUUAAAACCGAUUGCUGUACCAGUUUACAAACAUAUUGGUAUCCCAUUAGCCCAACCCGUUGGUAUUCCAGUAACACACGUUAAAGCUAUUGGGGUACCACAACCUUACCCAGUACAUAUACCUGUAGCUCACCCAGUACCCAUACCUGUGAUAAAAACUAUAGCUACGAUAGUGGAAAAAAAGGUACCGUAUCCCGUUGAAAAAAUCAUACCGGUACCCAUUGAGAAACCGGUACCCAUUCACAUAGAAAAACAUAUUCCUGUUCCUGUGGAAAAGCCGUACCCGGUUCACGUACCGAUCUAUAAGCCCAUUUUACAUCGACAUAGAAGCCAUGGUUGGGAUCGCUAG